CAUAAGUCACGAUACUGGGUCGCUUGCCAGGGUGUGGCUCAACACUCUGACUGCAGCAAAGUUUAUUCCUCCUACUAGUCUGGUUUCCUCAGUCCUGCUUCUCCUUGGGUCUGUAGUACUACAGUCAUCUGUCCAGAAAGUGAAACACUCCUCGCUCGCUUUUAUUACGUGUAUCAACGCAGAGAUGGCUGGUAGAGGAACAGUGAAGCCCCACAGUGGAUUCAGUGCCAAUGAUGAUGCUGAGGCUCUUUACAAGGCCAUGAAAGGAUUUGGCACUGAUGAGGAUGCUAUUCUGCAGCUGUUGACGGCACGCAGUAAUGCACAGCGCCAGCAGAUCAAAGCUGCGUACAAAACCCUGCAUGGAAAGGACUUGGUGGAUGAUUUGAAAUCAGAGCUUGGUGGGAAGUUUGAAACUCUGAUUGUGGCUCUGAUGUCUCCUCCCAUCAUGUAUGAUGUCACAUGCCUGCGGGACGCCAUUAAGGGGGCGGGCACAGAUGAGAAAGUGUUGAUUGAGAUCUUGGCAUCUAGAGCAGCUAAUGAAGUCAAUGAGAUCAAAAGCGCGUAUAAGCGAGAGUAUGAUGAUGACCUGGAGGAAGAUGUUACUGGUGACACUGGAGGUCAUUUCAAGAGGAUGCUAGUUAUUUUGCUUCAAGCCAGCAGAGAGCAGGGUAUACAAGAGGGCCUCAUCCAAAGUGAUGCCCAGGCUCUGUUUACUGCAGGAGAACAGAAGUAUGGCACUGAUGAAGGCCAGUUCAUCACUUUACUGGGAAACCGCAGUGCUGCUCACCUUAGGAGAGUGUUUGAGGAGUAUAGAAAACUGUCAGGCUAUGAGAUUGAAGAAAGCAUCCAGAGAGAGACCUCGGGAAGCCUGAGAGAAGUCCUGUUGGCAGUAGUGAAGUGUGCCCGCAGUGUUCCAGCGUAUUUUGCUGAGAGUCUUUACAAUGCUAUGAAGGGGGCAGGCACUGAUGACCAGACGUUGAUGAGGAUCAUGGUUUCCCGCAGUGAAGUAGACCUGCUGGAUAUACGUGCCGAAUUCCGCAAGAUGUUUGCCACCUCUCUGCACAAAAUGAUUCAGGGUGAUACUUCAGGUGACUACCGUAAAACCCUGCUGCUUCUGUGUGGCGGUGAUGAUGCAUAAACCCAGCUGGCCUCUCUGCCUGGGUCAUGAUGGGAGUCAUGAUACCAUGAGUCCUAUCUCAGACGGCAGGUUUAUGGGACCAGGGACCCAGUCCCCUUCUGAACCCAAACCACCCCACCAAAAAAGCCCAAAAAACAUUACAUUCCAAAUCAGUCGAAGGAUCUAAACUGUGAACAUACACCUUAUAGCACAGCAUUAUUUAACUCAAAAAAGCAAUUAAUUAAUUAUGGCAUUCAGAUUUCAUGUUGUGUAAAAAAAAAAAAAAAAAAAAGGUAAUCUGAGUGCAAGUAAAAAUUGUAUUAGACAAAGAAUUUUACUGUUAAUGUUGGUCCCUCAGCUGAUUAGAAAAGACCUCUUUCUCAUGUUGAAGGACUGAGAAAAAUGUUAUUACUUUUCUUAAAGCAUCAAGAUUUGGCUUUAAAACUUUUAUGACUUGUGGUAGUGCCACACAAAAAGAAACUCAUUUUAUUUUUAAAGAUUAAAUUGCAAGCCUUAUACUCUUUAAAGAUAAAAGUGCACGCUUUUUAAUAAACAAUUAAUAACCCAGUUCUUUUACAAAGAAGGCCAAUACGCUGUUGUACUAAAUGAAGCAAUAUUUCAUAUGUAUUCAACCAUUUUCACUUAUUUAUUGUUUGUAUGCUCACUAACUAACUUGACAUUUCUGUGUAUCAUUGUAACAUGUCUCAUAAUUGGCAUUAUUAACAUGUUUUAAUCUAGAUUUGUGGUAUUUAAAGGAGCGGUUUGAUGUACUUUUGGUAUCAGGGACUUGAUGGGAGAAAAAAUAGCAUUUCAAUAAUGUUCCACACACAGUUUAAACAUACUGACAUAGUGAUGUGCACAGUGAUAUAGAACUACCCACAACAAAUUACGAUGAGCAAAAGACUUUACAGAAGAGUCAACCUCUCUUUUAAGUUGGUUCUGAAUUAAAGGUUACUGCUAAUAAGUAAAAACUGAAGAAAAAGGUGCUACUAUUAAAAGUCUUAAUAUUGCAUUGCCAUAAUAUUCACAAUAAACUCUCAAAUAUAAGCAAACAGAC